AUGAAGAGUCUUCUGCUUCUGUUUUUGCUUUUUAUAACUUUUUCUUCUGCAUUUCCUGUCAACCAAAACAUGGAAAAUGAAGAAAACGUGCAACUGGCCCAGGCAUAUAUCAACCAGUUCUACUCUCUUGAAAUAGAAGGGAGACAUCUUGUUCAAAGUAAGAACAGGAGUCUCACAGACGGCAAAAUUCGGGAAAUGCAAGCAUUUUUUGGAUUGACAGUGACUGGAAAACUGGACUCGAACACUCUUGAGAUCAUGAAGACACCUCGGUGUGGGGUGCCUGACGUGGGUCAAUACGGCUACACUCUCCCUGGGUGGAGAAAGUAUAACCUCACCUACAGAAUAAUGAACUACACUCCGGAUAUGGCACAAGCCGAUGUAGAUGAGGCUAUCCAAAAAGGUUUAGACGUAUGGAGCAAGGUUACUCCACUAAUAUUCACCAAGAUUUCCAAGGGGAUUGCAGACAUCAUGAUUGCCUUCAGGACCCGAGUCCAUGGUCGGUGUCCUCGUUACUUCGAUGGCCCCUUGGGAGUCCUUGGCCAUGCCUUUCCUCCUGGUCUCGGUCUGGGUGGUGACACACACUUUGAUGAGGAUGAAAACUGGACCAAGGAUACAGCAGCAGGAUUCAACUUGUUUCUUGUGGCUGCUCAUGAAUUUGGUCAUUCUCUGGGGCUCUCUCACUCCAAUGAUCAAACAGCAUUGAUGUUCCCAAAUUAUGUCUCCCUGGAUCCUAACAAAUACCCACUUUCUCAAGAUGAUAUCAAUGGAAUCCAAUCCAUCUAUGGAGGUCUACCUAAGACACCUGCAAAGCCAAAGGAAUCUACUGUACCUCAUGCCUGUGACCCUGACUUGACUUUUGAUGCUAUUACCACUUUCCGCAGAGAAGUAAUGUUCUUUAAAGGCAGGCACCUGUGGAGGACCUAUUAUGAUAUCGCCAACGUUGAAUUUGAAUUAAUUGCUUCAUUCUGGCCAUUGCUGCCAGCUGACCUUCAAGCUGCCUAUGAGAACCCCAAAGAUAAGAUCCUGGUUUUUAAAGAUGAAAAUUUCUGGAUGAUCAGAGGAUAUGCUGUUCUGCCAGAUUAUCCCAAAUCCAUUCAUAUACUUGGCUUUCCAAGAUCCGUAAAGAAAAUUGAUGCAGCUGUCUGUGACCAAAACACAAGAAAAACCUACUUUUUUGUGGGCAUUUGGUGCUGGAGGUAUGAUGAGAUUACCCAAACCAUGGACAAAAGUUACCCACAGAGGGUGGUAAAACACUUUCCAGGAAUUGGUCUCCGUGUUGAUGCUGCUUUCCAGUAUAAAGGAUUCUUCUAUUUCUCCCGUGGAUCAAAGCAAUUCGAAUAUGACAUUAAGGCAAAGAACAUUACCCGAAUAACAAGAACCAAUACUUGGUUUCAGUGUAAAGGACCAUUUAACUCAUCAUUUGAUUUUGGUAUUAACAAGGAAAAAGUACAUUCAGGAGGAGUGGAGAUAUUGUAUCAUAAGAGUUUAAGUUUGCUUAUUUUUAGUAUCAUUAAUCUGCUGAAAAAAAUUUAUAGUUAUUAA